AUUCCAUGCUUGUGUCACAUUUUUCAUAUUUCUAUUUCAAAUCUCAUUCCUCAAUUCCCUCUAACAACUCCAACAAAAAUCAAAUCAAAUCAUUCUGGGGAAUUAAAUAAUUUUUAAUUUAAUUCCCCGGUAGGAGUGGCGAUUUUCUUCCAAAAUUAAAAAAAAAUGGCAUCGUUAGGUGUAAAUCCGAGUAUGUCUCUAAAUAAAAUUGGAACGAUACAGAGAAGAUCAAUAGUAUCCAUGAUACAAAUGAAGCACGUUGGUGUUGUUUGUGCUUCAUCUCUGUCUCUAUCACAUUCGCGACCCUUAGACAGGGUCGGGAAAAAUGAUGAUAGAAUGAUAUUAUCGAUGAUUGGAUGAAUGCAUCAAUGGUUGACAUUGUUAAGAAUUUGAAACAAGCACCAUUACUUGUCCACAUUUACGCGAAUGAGGAGGAGGUGGAGGAUGACGAUAGAGAAUCAUCGCGAAUUUGGAUCAAAACAGAGAGAGCUCUGUUUGAGAAUUGGGCAAUGAUGAAAAAUGAAUGGGAAAGUGGAAGAACAAGAACACCAGAUGGAUUAAUUUUUGUUGAAGAACUUCGAGAUGAUGAAUAUAAUGAAGAUUUGGAGUUGGAUUUGGAUUCGGAUUCGGAUGAAGUGUUGAUGAAAUCAUGGGGUGUAAUGGUGCAGGGGAAUGGAAUUGAUCAAAGUGGAGCUGUUUGUUAUUUGUUGAAGACUAGCAGAGUUAGAGCUGGAAGAGGAAUGGAUUUAUUUUGUACACAUUUUUGUUUAGUAAGAGUUCAGAAUUUUAGGGGAAGUGCUUUGAAACAAUUUAAAAGUUGUUGGUUGUGACAAAAUUCAAAAUUGUUAUUGGUUUUUAUGUUUUUUAUUUCAUCACAAGUGUCGUCAUAA